AUGGUCUCGGUCAGCAACCCCAACAAGCCCUCCAAGAACCGGCUCGCGGCCCGCGCGGCCAAGGGCAAAAAGGCGCAGCAAAAGUCGUCGGCCGAGGGCAAGCUGUCGCGGGUGGAGAAGGCGGCGACGAAGCGCGGCGCGCGCCCCGGGCUCCUCCCGACGUCGGGUCCCGGCGCCAAGCUGAGCUCCAAGAAGGCGCGCAAGCUGGAGAGGAAGAUGGCGCAUGCCAUGAAGAGGAAGAUGGAGGCCGAGGGGGAGGUUGAGAUGAAGGAUGUUACGGAGAAGCAGUCUGCCAAGUCCGCGGACGGCGAGCCCACGACCGAGGAGAUGGAGGUCGACAUCUCAUGA